GCACUGCCAUAUCUAACUUGUGAAAUCAAAAAUCGGUUCCGUGAACUUUUAAGAUAUUCUAGAAACACCGCAACAAUGGAGAACUUCAAGGGUCUGCAGAAAUCCCUGUAUAUAUGGACUGAUAGCGCCGAUUUGGACAAGCGUGUACAGCAACUAAAGUCGGCCACCGGCGGCGAUGUGGCCCUGGAAAAUGUGCACCGCCUGUCGUUUUCUUCCUAUGCCAACUCCAGUUUCGACCUGAUUGUGAUCGAGUGCGCGCAGCUGACCGACAGUUACGUAAAACUGCUGCACAUGCUAAAGCCGAGUGGCAAACUGCAUUUGGUGUCCUUUAUCGGACCGGCGGCUAGUUUGCUGCAGGAGAUCAAGUUAUCCGGAUUUAUAAACUGUCGUGAAGACUCUCCAGAUGCUCUGACCGCCGAGAAGCCUGGCUACGAGACGGGAUCCUCAGCGAGGCUGUCUUUCGCUAAAAAGAACGCUAGUGCAGUCAAUGUGUGGAAGAUAAGCGGAGACGAUGAAGAACUGAUCGAUGAGGAGGAGCUGCUGGACGAGGAGGACAAACAGAAGCCGGAUCCGGCUGGUCUACGUGUCUGUAGCACCACAGGCAAGCGCAAGGCAUGCAAAAACUGCUCCUGCGGCUUGGCCGAGGAAUUAGAGACUGAAAAACAGAGCCAGAAAGCUAACGAGACUGCGAAGUCCAGCUGUGGAAAUUGUUAUCUGGGAGACGCCUUCCGCUGCUCCACUUGCCCCUAUUUGGGCAUGCCUGCCUUUAAGCCUGGUGAGAAGGUGCAACUGGGCGACAACCUCCUGAAAUCCGACAUUUAACUUAGGCUCACCAUACACCCAAUCAAUCACAUUUCAAAUAGUUUAUUAAGCUGACUUACUAACAAACAAUAAUGUCAUAAUGUAAAUACAAAAAUGCACCGCGUCACAAA